UAAUACUAGUCUUUGUGUUUUCCUCCUCGUCAAUUCUCAGUAGAACCGAUCGAUAGGUGUGUCCGGGGAUAAGGCUGGAAAACGUUCUUUGUGUUUUUUGUUGUUAAGUUUUUUGUAAAUAGGUUUUUUUUUUCACAGUCUGCGUUCUACGUUCUACCCAAUUGCCUUCUGUCGGACCUAGGUUUCGUCCAAUGAUAAUUUCUUUAGUAAUCUGAGGUCUCGCGUCCAUACUGCUGCUAUUAACGGACCGUCGUUAAUCUGUUUGAUCAGUAUGGAAUUAUCCGGAGAAGAAGAAGAAAUUUCGUUAAACAUUUGCUCAACCACUAAGGAAGAAGAAUAUCUGUUGUCGGUAUCCACUGGGUUUUACGAAGAAGAAUUUGACGACGACGAAGUCUUUUUGGACGACUCUACGAGUACCGACAUGGAAUCGUCCGAAGUGUCAACUACACGCAUACGACGAACAUCGGACGUGAUCGAUUGUGUUGGUGGGUCAAUGUCUCCUGCUCACAUCAAACGACACAGUUUUCCUUCAACGUCCAGCGAAUCUGUGUAUUCAGCCACAUCGAAGGCUACCAACAUCAGGGACUUAAACAAGUCUAGGCAUAACGAACUUACAACAGAAUCUCUUGACCUCGGCUACAGUAGCCCUGGUGCUCAGUCAUCGGGCCGAUCGUAUAAGGGAACUUGGUUUAGGUUCAGCACCAGCAAUGAUGCAGAUUCUGUCGAUGCCCGACCCACUCACGCUAUCGUUCAAGAGCAAUCGACUAAUUCCCCCAACACUAAUAAUAGUAAACUUAGCCCAAGUUACAAAAAACCCAGCGAAGUCACCAAAAUGCCCGUUGCCAAGGACUCUACCAGCUACAACAUGGAACAUGAAUUUCGAGGCACAGCAGUUAUCAUUAAUAACGAUGUGUUUGAAGGCUCAGCCCAGAGCUUACCUGAACGUAGUGGUUCGUGGAAAGAUGUAGAAGAGCUGAAAAUCAUGUUUUAUCGUUUGGAUUUUCGAGUGGUGGUUUGGAAUAAUUUGUACCACGAAGAAUUGGAAUACCGCAUUAAUAAAUUAUCAAAUGACGAUCAUACUGAUAACGAUUGUCUUGCUAUUGUUGUUUUAACUCAUGGAAUCAAUUCUUCAUUCAUUUACGCUAAAGACAAUCCAUAUCCGGUCGAAUUUUUGUGGAAUUCAUUUACUGCUGACAAAUGUCCUACUCUGGCUGGUAAGCCAAAAAUAUUUUUCAUUCAGGCCUGUCGGGGUGAAAAACUUGAUUCAGGUGUAACUUUAAAAAGAGAAAGUAAAACCGAAGUCGAUUCUUCUACUGCUGCUUACAAAAUACCGAAACACGCAGAUUUCUUAAUUGCAUUUAGUACUUAUGAUGGCUAUUAUUCAUUCAGACAUCCAGAGAACGGAACUUGGUUCAUUCAGAGCCUGUGCAUUGAAAUGAACAAACACAGUCUCGAUUCAAUUGACUUGUUGGCCAUCAUGACUCGUGUAUCGAGAAGAGUAGCAUUAGACCAUGAAUCGUACAAUCCUGAAUACCCAUGGCUACACAGGCAAAAGCAAAUACCAACCAUACAUUCAAUGCUUAUUAGAGAUGUAUUUUUCAAACCCAAGAAAAAACCACCACCCGAACCUGAAAUUUUGUAAACUGUGAUGCAAACAAAAGAUGCCCGGAAAGUCAAGAUAAAAAGCCAAGAUAAGACAAAAAAAAAAAAAAUAUAUUUAUCUAUAUCAGUAUUUCUUCUUAACAG